CAGUUUGCUCUGCUCCUUUGUUGUGUGAGAUAGAAGCCCUACUGCCACUCGCCGCCGUUGCCAAUGGCCGCGAUCAGCCUUCGGAGAGUGGCUUCACCACCGUCGCUCAGAGCCCUUGGAUUCCUCUCCAACCGAGCGUUCGGAUCGGCGGCUUUGGCGGUUCAGUAUGACUAUGACGACGAUGAAGAUGAGUACGAGCUGUGCGGGUCCAGAGCCAUGGCCGACUCCGCGGGUUGGGCGACGGAGCGUGGAGUUCAGUGGGUAAUGAUCGGGGAGCCGGGCGUUAAACGGCACGUUUUUGCCGAGAGGCUCUCCAAGUUGCUUGAAGUUCCCCACAUUUCUAUGGGCAGUCUUCUUCGUCAGGAGCUGACGCCACGCUCUGCUCUCUACCAGCAGAUAGCUAAUGCUCUGAACGAACGAAAGCUUGUUCCCGAGGAAAUAAUUUUCGGAUUGCUGUCGAGAAGGCUCGAAGAAGGAUAUUCUAGAGGCGAAAAUGGCUUCAUUCUGGAUGGAAUUCCCCGUACAAGGAUUCAGGCUGAGAUUCUUGAUCAAAUUGUUCAUGUUGAUUUGGUUGUGAAUUUCAAAUGCUUGGAAGAAAACUCCGCGAAGAAAAACCUGGAAAGUGGAAAAUUUACACCCCGUCAGGAGUAUAUACAAAUGAGCUGCUGCGGUACUCCAUCUGAGCAGUUGCAGGAUGAACAAUUAAAAUCCCGUUGGGGAAGUUCUCGUGAAGAAAAUUUCCGCCACCUUGGAGAACAGAGCAAGCCGUUGGAAGAUUACUACUGUAAGCAGGAGAAGCUUAUUAAUUUUGAAGUGGCCGGUGGACCUGGAGAAACCUGGCAGGGGCUUCUGGCUGCAUUACAUCUUCAGCACAUUAAUGCUAAUAGUUCUACACAGAAGUUGACUGCCUAAUGGGCCAUCACUCUUCCACCCAUCGUUCACAUUCCUUCGCGGCGUUCUAGUACUUGUGAAUAUGAGAGCCAGAGUUAAUCGGAAAUUUUUUAAUAAUUUCCGCAAGUUUUGUUUCGUAUCUUUAUUCGUUUUUUUUUUAAUUUUGGAAAACACCGAGACUAUACCCUUGGUAUGUUGCCUAAAGUAAAGAAAGGCACAGAAUACGGCCCUGUAUGACCACUAUAUUUUACAAGUGAGCAUGUUAUCUUCUUU